AUGCAGUUUGAUCUAAUAAUCUCAUUGCAUUUGACCACUAGACUAGAAUUGACCACUAGACUAGAAUUGACCACUAGACUAUUGACCACUAGACUAGAAUUGACCACUAGACUAUUGACCACUAGACUAGAAUUGACCACUAGACUAUUGACCACUAGACUAGAAUUGACCACUAGACUAUUGACCACUAGACUAGAAUUGACCACUAGACUAUUGACCACUAGACUAGAAUUGACCACUAGACUAUUGACCACUAGACUAGAAUUAACCACUAGACUAGUAUGUUGCAUUUUAAGAUACCAAAAGUACGAUACCAUCGAACAAUAUUCCACUAGAGCCCCUUUUUUGCAUUUCAAGAUACCAAAAGUACGAUAUCAUCGAACAAUAUUCCACUAG